AUGGCCGCGAAACGACGCGACGUUAUUCCCGGGACGCCGCCGACCGCGAUGGUACUGACCGCCGUCGCGGCGCUGUGCUCGUGCGGGCCGACCGCCGCCGCCGCGGGCCGGAACGACAUCCCGCAGACCUUUGCCGAGGCCUCGCGCGCCGCCCGCCCGACGGACGCCUUUUUGGCCGCCGCACCGCCGGACGCCUUCCUGACGGCCGGCCCGGGUGUCGCGGCCUACGGACCCAGUCUGGCCGACAUGUCGCAGUUCGUCGAGGCCGUCGAGAGCCGCACGCGGUACCCGCUGCCGGCCGGCAGCGGUGUUGUCGGCGCGUGGACAGAGCAGGUCAGCCGUGCUCUGUCCACGCUGCAGAUGACCGCCGUCCAAGGUGAGUUUCGCGAUAAGGAUGACAAUAAUCGUAACGGGUCGCGGGACAUUUUCUUUGUCGGUUUUUACAUUCUGAGAGGACUGGUUGUUGUUUUACAGAGAUUUUGUUUAGGUUCUGAGUGUAGUGACGGAUGUAUUGGUUUUACAGAGAUGUUUUUUUUUUUUCAUACUGCGUACAAAAAUUCUACCAGAAAUCUUGCUCCGAACUAUCAAAUAAACCACUUUUUCUAAAACGGAAUUUUCCCGGGGCGGUACUUUACGGAGGUGGUUUUUGAUUUUCCCAGGAGUUUUCCCAAAUAAUGGAUGGGCCACUGUUGUAGGUGAAAAGUUGAAAAGGUAGAGAGGACAAUUUAAUGUACUCGUAAAUCUGUACGCAACGAUUAAUCAUUGCUAACAAAAUACCAUUCUGAACGGAGUUCGGUUAAUAGUGUUGCUUAAAUAAUUAUAUUUAAAAAGUAAUGCUAAAAAUCUAUGUACUAAUUUUAUUACAAUAACGUUAUUUACGAUAGUAUAAUUUGAUCGUAAUAUCAGAAGUUAUAAAAAUAACGCAUUAAAAGUUUUUAGGUUACAUACAUAUUUUAUUAGUGCGUAUAAAUAUAUUUACAAAUAAAACACGGGUUAUAUUUACCAAUUAAAAAUAGAAAAAUGUCAAAUUUACAAUUUAAAAGUUGAAUCCGGUUGAUACGUUCCUUUGUUUUUAUAAAAUACGCGAUGAUUCGUCUUCUUCAAAUUUAAAACACAUUACAAACCGGGUUAAACAAACCGACACGAGCGUAAAACCUACUAAUUUCCACGCGUUUUAUUUAUAGUUGUCUAAAAUGAAUUACUAUCUGACAUGAUUACGGUAUCAAUUAAAGAAGUGCAGAAACACAUGAUGGAGUAGUUAGAAAGAUUGUUAAAUACAAGUACGUAACUGAAAACGAAUGUCGGACAGUAGCGUAAUUGCAUUGUGUUGGUAGACUAGGACAAAAAUGACUAAAUUUGGUAAAUUGAAUGACAAGGAAACGAGUCAAUUGUCGAUAAAAUAGUUUUCUCGUUUCAUUUGAAUUUGGUUUUUCAUUUAAUUUUAGAUAUUUCAGAUUUUCGUACUUACAAAGAAAUAGGUGCAUACCUAUUACGUUACAUCUGAUUACUUAUAUCUAUGAUGAAAUUCCACCAAACGAUACCUAUGGUCCUUGUGUAUUAUGUGAAACAUUUUUUAAUAUUUUAAGUAUUUUUUUGUCCAUGCCCAAGAGCCAGAAAUCAGCCAAAAUGCCGACUUAAGACAAUGCUAAAAGUUAUAUUGGAGGAAAACCCAAGUUUCUCCUGCUCAAAUUACGCCGCUGAUUUUGGUGAGCCAUUGACACUUAAAAUUCGAAUAUGGAAUCAUGGAAUUCGUGUUUUUUACGCUCGGACACCGUUUUAAACUAGACAUCUAGUAGCGUAGCCAGGGAAAAGUUUUGAGUGUUGUAACCCCAUACUGCUUCUUUUUUUUUUAGUUUUAGGUAAGGUGAAAGAAGUUGUAAAUCCCUAAACCCCUUCUAAUACCCUUCUCUUAUUGAUAAGUCCUGUUUACGCCACUGUCGACAAAAUCAGUAUGCCUAUUUAAAAUUAUAAUAUUUUCCGGAAGAAUGGCCGAAAUGUAUUUUCUAUUUGUUUUAUGAUGCGCAGGACGUGGUAAAAAGCCCAAACCCGGACAAAUGGCCAUGGCAAUGAUCGGUUCGGCCAUCGUCAGCAUGAUGACCGUUAAGACUUUGGCCGCUAUCAAGCUGUUCAUAAUCUACACGCUUUUUGCCACCAAGGUUGGGCUGCUAAUCGGCGUCUACUUGCUGGCGUCCAAAAUGUUGGAAAUAAAACAUACCUCGGCCAAAAAGGUGGUCAAGUGGGAACCGCCGCCGUUGCAACCGCCGGUUAUGUUCGUUUCGGUCGCAGCCGACCAACAGCAUCCCGCCGACGAAUCGUCAUACGAAAACCACUUGUUGCAUAAUCACCUACAACCGCCGCCACCCGGCCAGCCCAACCUCUUUCAGUACCAGCAUCACGACCAGUACCAGGUUCAAGACCCAUACAGUGACCAGUACCAACACCAAAACCAGCAACAGCCGUUCCUUCCGCCUGAUAAGCUGCCGGGUGAAGACGAAGACUUGCUGGCCCACUAUUCGCACAUCAGGCCGGUCACGUACAGACCGAAAAUAGAUCGCAACCAGUUGAACGACCUGGUCAAAUCCGGCAUUGGUGGUCAGGUAUAG